GGCAGACGCCGGUCUUCGCAGCUAGCAGCUGGAAAACAGAACGACCGAUAGAAAGGGUUACAAGAUGAGAUGAUACAAAAAUGUUCCCCGGAAAACAAAAUGAGAGCUUUGUUUUGCUUUUCUGUUGUUUUACUCCAAGUGUUCAAAUGCCAAGCUAAAACAGUAUCGGGAACAUUCUCAUCGAAAGUAUCUCUUAGUGAUUGGGGGCAGUAUGUGACAACAUUUUGUUUUCAUGGAAAUGCCUUGAUCAAUUAUACCUUGGAGGGAGAGACGGGUGGAGUCCCUCAGCUGCUUCUAUUCACAAAGGCAGACUUGGAGGAUCUAGAGGAGGAGGAUUGUCAGGAUAAACUCAGCAGAGCCUCCUUCACUUAUGAGCUGAAGAAUACAACAGGAAAUGUGAGUGUGAAUGCUCAGCCGACUCCUCACCUGUACCAUGUCUUGUUUGUGGACCAGUCCACCUGUCUGGGUCCGGACUCCCAGGGGGAGGGGGAGGGGAGUACAGAGACCCAGGAAAUCCAGUACACAAUCCAACUCCUAAAUCCAGACAGUCUCGGAAAUCCGACGGAACACUUCGGAGACGACGAGACAGGUCUCCUUCGGUUCUACCAGCUGUUGACCCUGGCCUACUUUGUACUGGGCUGUAUAUUUGCGCCCCGCCUCCACGAGACCCUCAGUAAGGGCGGCCCCAUGCAGCUGGUGAUCGUGUUGCUGACCAUUUCUACCUGUCUACAGGCCACAGGUACCUUCAUCAUGAUGAUUCACCUGGCCAGGUAUUCCAAAGAUGGAAUGGGGUCGUCGGCCAUUGAGUUCUUUGCUGAAUUCUUUGACGUUCUGUCUCAGUUUGCCAUGCUAUACAUGCUUCUCAGUCUAAGUCUGGGUUGGACGCUGGGUACGUCGUAUCGCUUCGCUCAUCUACAGAUGGUCAGUCGCAAACCCGCCGCUAAAGUGGUCGGCACGCUGGGGAUCCUGCAGGCGGUGCUGUUUGUGUGGGAACAGAUUCAGGACAGUGACCACCGCAUGUACCACGCUCACCGCAGCUUUGCUGGCGUGGCUCUGGUGGUGCUCAGGAUCCUUCUGGCAGCUCUGUUUGCCUGGAACCUGAACGUCACCGUGUCAUCAGAACGCAGUGCUCUACGGCGGGAGUUCUAUAAAUCAUUUACCAAGAGCUGCAUGCUGUGGUUUCUGUGCUAUCCUUUGCUUGUUGUGAUGUCCUGGAUAUUCUAUGAAUAUCUACGUUAUAAGCUGAUUACAAUGGGUGUGGUGCUGUGUCAAUGCUGCGCGGUGGCCAUGUUGUACAAACUCUUCUUCUCCCGCAGCCUUUACUGGGAAGUGUCGGCUCUCUCCAGCACUCUACCCCUCAGAAUGGACCGAACCUUAGGACAUAAACUGUACUCUUGACCUUUAAGGUCACACAUUUGCCAAACUUUAGGACAUACUCUGUAUUCUUGGUUUCAAAUUUUUUAUCAUUAUCUACUGGUAAAUGAGAAUUUUACGUCUCUAUUUUUGUAAAACUGUAUGUAUGUAUUUAUUUUGUUUUAGACUGGUACCCAUGGUUUGGUGCAAGGCUCUGGGUGACAGUAGCUUUUUUUUUUUUUGCAGGCACAAUAGACUUUCUAUUUUUUCUACUGGUUUAUGCUUGGUGCUUUGUUAAUUGUCAAAGUAAUCUUCAAUAUUUUGUCAAAACAGAGAGUGGAAGUAUUUGUUUGAUUCUCCCCAAGAUGUGGAGAUAUUGCCACAAAAAAUAUGUGCUUGCAUUUUUUUUAUUCCACACACCCUGUCACCAAAAAACUUGUUUUGAUUUUUUUUUUGCAAGAUUCUAUUUUUGCAUGUAUAUCUCAUGUUCUUUAGAUUGUUCAAUUUAUCAUUGAAAACUUGUCAUUCAUCAGAGCAUUAAAAAUAAAUAUUCUUUCAAAAAGAAUUUAAAGCUCAUUUUAAAAGCCAAACAUUUGCCUAUUUCAACACAUGUCCAUACCAACUUAACAUUUUUCACUUUUGAACAAAACAUUUUACAAAAGUCAUAUGUUGUUAUGUGUUUCAAAGUAUUCAUGUUUUGUUGUAUAUAUAUUAUCAUAUCGUUGGAGAAUGGGGUAUGAAUGUUGCAUAUAGAUUCAUUCGAUGGGUAGCAGUAAUUUUUAUUGAAAGAAAUGACUUGCUGCUGAAAAAAAAGUCAGCUACCAAGCCCCCAGAUGACCAUGCCUUUAAACUGUAUUUAACGAAUCUGGUUAUUUUUUCAAACUAAGUAAAAAUUGCCUAAUUUAACUGAGUUCUUUAUACUGCAGUCUCUGUUUUAUAACUAUGGUAUAUGUUGUGUAGUGUGCAAGAACCAUUGGUGUACGAUGUGAUGACAGAGGGCGACUGGAGUUGUAUGUCUGGUACAUAAAUUAUACUUUGUUUUUCUGUGAUGGUAUGAUUGAAUCAGAGCUUGUGUGUCUGUAAUUGUACAGGCAUUGGAGACUUGGGUUGUAUGAUUAACACAUUGUUGAAGUUUCCUUCAUGAGAUAUUGUAUGAAAUCAUGUCUUAAAUUGUUACUGUAUGGUUGUACAAUUAAAGAAAUCAUUCGAUAAAUAUCA